UGGCGGAGUCGUUCGAAUAAAAAGAGCGAGGAGGAUGCCGUAAGCCAACAGUGAGCAGGUACGAGUGUGUCCAAGGUAAGAGGAUCAGCUGCUCCACUUCCCUCAAACAGACUUUCUUUUAGCGGAAUCUGCGGGCUCUCUUCUCUUUCCACCCUCACAAUGAAGUGGCUUGUUGCUGCACUUGCUGCUGUGUGCGUCCUCGCACCCAGCGCCCACUGCGCUGAUGUCAAUAUCGCCUGGUGUUACCAUGAUCCAACCUGCAAUGACACCCAAUGGCCCACCAUUGCCGCCCCAUUUUGCAAUGGCACCCGACAGUCGCCAAUUAACAUUGACACAUCAGCUGCCACCGGCAGCUCCGUCUUGGGGCCCUUCACCUUUCACAACUUCAACAGCACCACCGCAAUGACGAAGAUUGAAAACACUGGAAAGACUAUCAAAGUCGCCCUGAGCGGUGUGAGCGUUUCAGGAGGAAAUCUGUCUGAGACAUACCAAAGCCUGCAGUUCCACUUGCACUGGGGUAACGGCUCCUCUGUCCCCGGCUCUGAGCACACUGUGGACGGCAAGCGCUAUCCCAUGGAGUUGCACAUUGUGAACAUCAGGGAGUCCUUUAAUGGUGACACAAGUCUGGGUAUCGCAAACUCUACUGGACUCGCUGCUCUUGGUUUCUUCAUUGAGGCGGACAAUGCCACUUCUUCUGCAAGCUGGCAGAGUUUGACCUCCUACCUGGACAACAUCACACUCUCAGGCCAGUCUGUUUCAAUCACACCUGGAUUUUCUCUGGAUGAUCUCCUGACGGGGGUGAAUCGCGAGAGAUACUGGCGCUACCUGGGCUCCUUGACCACGCCCUCUUGCAAUGAGGCUGUGGUUUGGACUGUAUUCAAGGAUGCCAUCAAAGUUCCCUCAAACUUGAUCGACAUGUUCAGCACAAAACUGCACAUCUCCAACACCACGUCAUCGCCGGUGAUGGUCAAUGUCUUCAGAAACAUCCAGCCAAACCUACCAGUCACAACACAGGCUGCCAGCUCCACCUCUAAAACCUGCUACUCCCUGGGGCUGUUGGCCCUGAGCCUGGCUCUUGGGAGAAGUUAGAGCCAGAAAAACCGGAAGCUUCGCAGCAACCUACGGCCUUUGCCAUCAUUUUUAUGUGUCCGACAAUCUCCUCGUCCAAGCACAUGAAGUAUGCACUAAACCAAUCAUAAGUGCCCUCAAGAGCAGGAAGUCUUUUUUUUUUUUUUUUUUUUUCCAACAUCUGAGCAAAACUGAGCCUUGUGGUCACAGCAACUUAAUUGCUCACCAGUGUAGCUCACUUAUUAAUACUGUUAUAGGUUAAAAAUUAAAUAUAUUGAUAGCAAUGAUGGCAACCUUGCUCCUCUGUGGUUGUCCAUCAUGACAUUUCCACUGUUAUGAUGAGCUGUAAAGAAUUCAUCUAUAAUUUGCUUGUAGCCUUUUCCAUAUGAUGUUCAUACUUUGUAUAAAUAUAAGGAUUUACUUGUAGUGUGAAGAAUUAAAGCACAACUGUGCCUGUCUGAAGCUGCCAAAGGUGCGUUCAGGUGCUUGAGAAAGGGAUGAACUUACAUCAAGUUUACAGGGUAGAUGAAGUAAGUUUGGAGAUCCAACAAUGUCGUGAUCAAUGUUUGACUGUAUUUAGUUGAUGUUAGCAUGCAUCUGUCUGGACUUUGAAGCCAGUCUUUACCAAUAGCUGUCAUAAAAUAUGAUUUUUAAUAAAAUGUUCAUAUGCUUAUACUCUUGAGCUGAUGACAUGUGGCCACAUUAGCACACAAGUGAAGAGAAAACCCUGUGCUGCUUUUUCAGUUGGUGUGAUGAAGGACUGAUGUUUCAGAUGAACACCAUUAUUUAUCAGAAUUCUGCUCUAUGUGUGACAUGUUUCCACUUGUGUUGCACUACUUGCACAUGUAACAGAACUGUGACCUCACGAUCUUGUUAAAUGUUUCUAAAUUAAAGUGAUUUGGUGCAAA